CCAGGAAGUCCCUCCCCUCCACAAACUCUCUUCUGUGGAAACUAAACUGAUCUGAAUCUCUUUGUCGUCUGUCUGUGUGAGAGUGAACAACCGUCCAAAUGGCUCAGCAGGGAGUUCUGCUGGACCAGGACCAGUUCUGUUGUUUUGUCUGUCUGGAUCUACUGAAGGAGCCGGUGGUUAUUCCCUGUGGACACAGUUACUGUAGGAGCUGUAUUGAGGACUGCUGGGAUAAGGAUGUUGAGCAAGAGGUCUAUAGCUGUCCUCAGUGCAGAGAGAACUUCACUCCAAGGCCUACUCUGAGGAAAAAUAACAUUUUGGCUGAGCUGGUGGAGAAACUGAAGAAGACAGGACUCCAAGCUGCUCCCCCUCCUGCUCUGUGCUGUGCUGGAGCUGGAGAUGUGACAUGUGAUGUCUGCCCUGGGACCAGAAAGCAGAAAGCCCUCAUGUCCUGUCUGGCAUGUGUGGACUCUUACUGUGAGACUCACCUCAAACCUCACUAUGAAUCUCCUGCUUUCAAGAAGCACAAGCUGGUCAAAGCCACCGCACAACUACAGGAGAAGAUCUGCUCUCAUCAUGGUAAUCUGCUGGAGGUUUACUGUCGUACCGAUCAGCAGUGUAUCUGUCUGCUGUGUGUGAUGGAUGAACAUAAAGGCCAUGAUACAGUGUCAGCUGCAGCAGAGAGGACUGAGAAACAGAGGCAGCUGGGGAUGAGUCAGCAGAAGGUCCAGCAGAGAUUCCAGGAGCUCCAACAGGCUGUGGAGUCUUUCAAGCGCUCUGCACAGGCAGCAGUGGAGGACAGUGAUCAGAUCUUUACUGAGCUGAUCCGCUCCAUUGAGAGAAGGAGCUCUGAGGUGAAGGAGCUGAUCAGAGCCCAAGAGAAGGCUCAAGUGAGUCAAGCUGAAGGACUCCUGGAGCAACUGAAGCAGGAGAUGAGGAAGAGAAGCACUGAGCUGGAGCAGCUCUCACACACAGAGGAUCACAUCCAUUUCCUCCAGAGUUAUCAGUCUCUCUCCAGUAUCAGUGUAUCUUCAGACUUACCCAGCAUCGUUGUCAGUCCUCUUCAGUACUUUGGAGAUGUGAGUAAGACUGUGUCUGAACUGAGAGAGAAACUAGAAGACUUCCUUAAAGGAGAAUGGACCAAGAUCUCCACUACAGUGAAUAUAGUGGAUGUUUUACUGCCUCCAGAGCCCAAGACCAGAGAACAGUUGUUACAAUAUUCCUGUCAGCUCACACUGGACCCAAACACAGCAAACACACUCCUCUCUCUGUCUGAAGGGAACAGAAAGGUGACCUGUACAGACAAAGACCGAACAUAUCCUGACCAUGGAGACAGAUUCACCAAACAGAGGCAGGUUCUGUGUAGAGAGGGUCUGUCUGGUCGCUGUUACUGGGAGGUGAAGUGGACUGGUGAUGUUUAUACAGCAGUCUCAUAUAAAGACAUCAGCAGAACAGGGUCAGGUGGUGGAUUUGGACACAAUAACAAGUCCUGGAGUUUACAGUACGAUAGAGGUAGUUAUUGUUUCAGACACAAUAAUGUUUUGACUAAAGUAUCAGGCCCUCAGUCCUCCAGAGUAGGAGUGUACCUGGAUCACAAGGCAGGUACUCUGUCCUUCUACAGUGUCUCUGACACAAUGACCCUCCUCCACAGUGUCCAGACCACAUUCACUCAGCCCCUCUAUCCUGGGUUUAGGCUCUAUGGUACUGCUGAGCUGGUUAACCUCUUAGUGACCCCUUGGAGAUAGUAUCCCGUUAACGGACAAAAUAGCAGGGCGAGGAAUUCAAAACUACAAAAAUCUCAUAAUUCAAAUUUCUCACACAUACAAGAUUUAUACACCAUUUUAAAGAUAAGAUUCUCGUUAAUCCAACCACAGUGUCUGAUUUCAAAAAGGCUUUAUGGCGAAAGCAAAACAUUAGAUUAUGUUAGGACAUCACCUUGA